ACGCUUGCUGUUCAUUGGCUAGUCACAUCCUAGACUGUUGGCGCCAUUGUAAGGUUGCUUCAGUCUUCUAUGUGAAGUCUGUACUACAUUUAUCUUCAUUACAAUAAUACACUUUUUUUCUACAUCAUGGCUGAUAAAGAAGCCGCGUUCGACGAUGCCGUGGAGGAAAGGGUGAUCAAUGAGGAGUACAAGAUCUGGAAAAAGAACACCCCCUUUCUCUAUGACCUGGUUAUGACCCAUGCGCUGGAGUGGCCAAGUCUCACCGCCCAGUGGUUACCUGAUGUCACCAGACCCGAGGGGAAGGACUACAGUGUGCACCGGCUGGUCCUUGGGACACACACUUCGGACGAGCAGAAUCACCUUGUCAUAGCAAGUGUCCAACUUCCAAAUGACGAUGCCCAGUUUGAUGCUUCACAUUAUGACAGUGAAAAAGGAGAGUUUGGAGGAUUCGGCUCAGUCAGUGGUAAAAUCGAGAUUGAAAUCAAGAUCAACCACGAGGGAGAAGUGAACCGAGCCCGCUAUAUGCCCCAGAAUCCCUGCAUCAUCGCCACCAAGACCCCCACCAGUGACGUGCUGGUGUUCGAUUACACGAAACACCCCUCUAAACCAGACCCCUCUGGAGAGUGCACUCCUGACCUGCGUUUGAGGGGCCACCAGAAGGAGGGCUACGGCCUCUCGUGGAACCCCAACCUGAGUGGUUGUCUGCUCAGCGCGUCAGACGACCAUACAAUCUGCCUAUGGGACAUCAGCACAGUGCCCAAGGAGGGCAAGAUCGUGGACGCCAAGACCAUCUUCACGGGCCACACGGCGGUGGUGGAGGACGUGUCCUGGCACCUCCUGCACGAGUCCCUCUUCGGCUCCGUGGCUGACGACCAGAGACUCAUGAUCUGGGACACGCGGUCCAACAACACGUCCAAGCCCAGCCACGCUGUGGACGCCCACACCGCCGAGGUGAACUGCCUGUCCUUCAACCCCUACAGCGAGUUCAUCCUGGCCACGGGCUCGGCAGACAAGACCGUUGCCCUCUGGGACCUUCGGAAUCUCAAGCUGAAGCUGCACUCGUUUGAGUCGCACAAGGACGAGAUCUUCCAGGUCCAGUGGUCUCCCCACAACGAGACCAUCCUGGCCUCCAGUGGCACAGACCGCCGCCUCAACGUCUGGGACCUGAGUAAGAUCGGAGAAGAGCAGUCGCCAGAAGAUGCCGAGGACGGUCCUCCAGAGCUUCUGUUCAUCCACGGAGGACACACGGCGAAGAUCUCCGACUUCUCCUGGAACCCCAACGAGCCCUGGGUCAUAUGCUCGGUCUCAGAAGACAACAUCAUGCAAGUCUGGCAGAUGGCUGAGAACAUCUACAACGAUGAGGACCCCGAAGGAGCGGCAGACGUGGACCCCCAGCCUUGAGGGGACCCCCUCUGCCCGCCCUAACCCUUUCUACUUUGGUCGACUAUCGAUAUUUGGUUAAUGAUACAUUGGGACUAAUCAUCAGUCAUUCUUGAAGGUUGUUUUGUCAUUGUCUUGUAUUGUGGAUGAUGGCAUUGCAUAUUUAUGAAGUCAAUCGUUUUCUUUAGCAUUUUUACAAAGUCGGCAAUAUUGCUCUUGUAAACAUUGUCUUACUCCUCCGAAUUGUUUGACAUUCCAAGAUUUGAUAUGCGAGGGUUUUUAAUAUAUACAUUCUUUCUGUUUUAUGUCAGACACCUUACCUUUUCUAUAUAUAUAAAAAAAGUGUACAUACAUUUUCAUAUUUUUCUUGUUUGUGUAGAGUUAGUGCUCGCUUUAUACAUUUUCUCUAUGUAGUGUCUCAUCCUAUCAUGAACUUUCAAAGUGUUCUCAUAAUAAAAAUAUAUUUCAAAUAUU